UGUCAGUUUACAUAUGGAAACGUUGUGAGUGCAGAAUGAUCGCAGAACUGACAGCAUGGCCUCGGUGUUGUGUCAGGUACGAAAUCGAGUUCCCUGUCUCAUCAAGCUUGCUGAGCUACAGUUGAGAGGUGUAACCACGACAGCCUGCGUUUGUAAAAACAUUCGAUCUGGUGUUCCGAAAAUAUCCGUCAAGGGAGACAAAGCUUUGACAUAUGAGGAAGCUAAUCCUCCUCACAUGAUAGGUGUCCGGAAGUCAUGGAACACCUGGAACACAAGUAAUUUGAAGGGUGAAGGUCGUAAGGCAGAGACAACUGUGGACGAUAUCUUCAUUCGUCGAUUCAUCAAAGGCACAUUUCCCACUCUGGUUGCUUCGGAAGUGAUCAUAAAGAGGCGACACAACAUCAUCACCAUCACUACCAUGAUGUACCAAAGCAUCAACGCACAGAAGGUGUACUUCCUGUGGGGAUACACGGAAGAGAUACUCUCCUACUUCCUCAAGUGUCCAGUCAAGUUGGAGAUACAGACCAUCACAAACAAGAGUGACAUGAUCUAUAAACAUAUAUGAUGUGUUUGUGUGCCAAGAAGUACAGAGACGCUAACAAGUGCAGACUAUCACAAACAAGAGUGACUUGAUCUAUUAACAUAUAUGAUGUGUUUGUGUGUGUGCCAAGAAGUAUAGAGACGCUACCUGCAUUUUAUUGUAUAGGUCGGAGAUUCAGCGUGAUAAUAACAGACAAAUAAAAUUUAAGAAAAGCAA